AUGUCUACAUCCGCCCGCCGCCGUCUCAUGCGGGACUUCAAGCGUAUGCAAACCGACCCUCCAGCCGGUGUCUCAGCCUCCCCAGUAGCUGAUAAUGUUAUGACAUGGAAUGCCGUCAUCAUUGGCCCCGCCGAUACACCUUUCGAAGAUGGCACCUUCCGCCUCGUGAUGAACUUCGAAGAACAAUAUCCAAACAAGCCUCCCGGGGUGAAGUUUAUCAGCCAAAUGUUCCAUCCUAAUGUUUACGGAACUGGUGAGCUGUGUCUCGACAUCCUGCAGAACCGUUGGAGUCCCACAUAUGACGUCGCAGCUAUUCUUACCAGUAUCCAAAGUCUGCUGAACGACCCCAACACUUCGUCCCCGGCCAACGUCGAGGCCUCAAACCUUUACAAAGACAACCGUAAAGAGUACACCAAGCGUGUUCGCGAGACCGUCGAGAAGAGCUGGGAGGAUUAA